AUGGCCACCGCGGACCUGGAGAAGCUGCGGAUGUCGGCGGCCGGCAAGGCCAUCGGGGUGCUGACCAGCGGCGGCGACGCGCAAGGCAUGAACGCGGCCGUCAGAGCCGUGACCCGCAUGGCCAUCUACGUGGGAGCCAGAGUCUUCCUCAUCUACGAGGGCUACGAGGGCCUUGUGGAGGGCGGUGACAACAUCAAGCAGGCCAACUGGCUCAGCGUCUCCAACAUCAUCCAGCUGGGCGGCACCGUCAUUGGCAGCGCCCGCUGCAAGGCCUUCACCACGCGGGAGGGGCGCCGGGCGGCGGCCUGCAACCUGGUCCAGCGCGGCAUCACCAACCUGUGCGUCAUCGGCGGGGACGGCAGCCUCACGGGUGCCAGCAUCUUCCGCAGCGAGUGGGGUGGCCUCCUGGCGGAGCUGGUGCAGGAAGGUGCGAUCUCCGAGAGCGCGGCCCAGAGCUGCUCCCACCUGAACGUCGCCGGCCUGGUGGGCUCCAUCGACAACGACUUCUGUGGCACCGACAUGACCAUCGGCACCGACUCGGCCCUGCACCGCAUCAUGGAGGUCAUUGACGCCAUCACCACCACCGCCCAGAGCCACCAGAGGACCUUCGUCCUGGAGGUGAUGGGGCGGCACUGCGGGUACCUGGCGCUGGUGUCCGCGCUGGCCUCGGGGGCCGACUGGCUCUUCAUCCCUGAGUCGCCCCCCGAGGACGGCUGGGAGAACCACAUGUGCGAGAGGCUCGGCCAGACGCGGAGCCGCGGGUCCCGACUGAACAUCAUCAUCAUCGCGGAGGGGGCCAUCGACUGCACCGGGAAGCCCAUCACGUCCAGCUAUGUCAAGGAGCUGGUGGUCCAGCGUCUGGGCUUCGACACCCGUGUGACCGUCCUGGGCCACGUGCAGCGCGGCGGGACCCCCUCGGCCUUCGACCGCGUCCUGAGCAGCAAGAUGGGCAUGGAGGCGGUGAUGGCGCUGCUGGAGGCCACGCCCGACGCGCCGGCCUGCGUGGUCAGCCUCUCGGGGAACCAGUCAGUGCGGCUGCCCCUCAUGGAGUGCGUGCAGGUGACAAAGGAGGUGCAGAAGGCCAUGGACGAGAGGCGGUUUGACGAGGCCAUCCAGCUCCGUGGCAGGAGCUUCGAGAACAACUGGAAAAUCUACAAGCUCCUCGCGCACCAGAAGAUCUCCAAAGAGAAGACCAACUUCGCCCUGGCCAUCCUGAACGUGGGGGCGCCGGCGGCCGGCAUGAACGCGGCCGUGCGCUCGGCGGUGCGCACCGGCAUCUCCCAGGGCCACACGGUGUACGUGGUGCAGGACGGCUUCGAGGGCCUGGCCCAGGGGCAGGUGCAGGAAGUGAGCUGGCACAACGUGGCCGGCUGGCUGGGGCGCGGUGGCUCCAUGCUGGGGACCAAGAGGACCCUCCCCAAGAGCUACCUGGAGAAAAUCGUGGAGAACAUCCGCAUCUACAACAUCCACGCCCUGCUGGUCAUUGGCGGGUUCGAGGCCUACGAGGGGGUGCUGCAGCUGGUGGAGGCGCGCGGGCGCUACGAGGAGCUCUGCAUCGUCAUGUGCGUCAUCCCGGCCACCAUCAGUAACAACGUGCCCGGCACCGACUUCAGCCUGGGCUGCGACACCGCGGUCAACGCCGCCAUGGAGAGCUGUGACCGCAUCAAGCAGUCGGCUUCGGGCACCAAGCGCCGCGUGUUCAUCGUGGAGACCAUGGGGGGCUACUGCGGCUACCUGGCCACGGUGACCGGCAUCGCCGUGGGGGCUGACGCCGCGUACGUCUUCGAGGACCCUUUCAACAUCCACGACCUCAAGACAAAUGUGGAGCACCUGACGGAGAAGAUGAAGACUGACAUCCAGAGGGGCCUGGUGCUCCGAAACGAGAAGUGCCACGAACACUACACCACCGAGUUCCUGUACAACCUGUACUCGUCCGAAGGGAAGGGCGUUUUCGACUGCAGGACCAACGUCCUGGGCCACCUGCAGCAGGGCGGCGCCCCCACCCCCUUCGACCGGAACUACGGCACCAAGCUGGGCGUGAAGGCCGUGCUCUGGAUGUCGGAGAAGCUGCGCGCCGUCUACCGCAACGGGCGGGUGUUCGCCAACGCCCCCGACUCGGCCUGCGUGAUCGGCCUGCAGAAGAAGGCGGUGGCCUUCAGCCCCGUCACCGAGCUCAAGAACGACACCGACUUCCAGCACCGCAUGCCCCAGGAGCAGUGGUGGCUGGAGCUGCGGCUGAUGCUGAAGAUGCUGGCACAUUACCACAUCAGCAUGGCCGACUACGUGUCCGGGGAGCUGGAGCACGUCACCCGCCGCACCCUGAGCAUCGACAAGGGCUUCUGAGGUGGCCCCUGGCAGAAGGGCCCCUGCCACAGCCCUGCCCAGCCUGGUUCCGGGCCCCCCCAGGCCUCCCCUGGCCGGUGACCAGCCUGCGCUCCCCUCCCUGCUACUUCCUUCCUGCCAGGAGAGAUGACAGUACCUUGGGGCGCUCUCCUUCCACCCAGGGGUGCAGGGGCAUGUGUCAUCAGAUGCUGGGGCCCUUUGGCUCCGGCACCCUGUGCCCAGAGCUCCCCAAGCCUGGUGUGCACCCAGCACCCAGCAGCCACCCCUCACCCUGGCCGACCCCCACCCUCCCAGGCCCCCACCCUGGCCGACACUCACUCUCCCUGGCCCCCCACCCUCGCUGGCCUGCCUGCACCUGGUCUCGGCCGGAGGGGUGUGCUCCCGGGGUCUCACUGUGCCCCUGUUCCUGCCUGAGCCAGCCACUGUGGCUGACCAGUUCUGGUCACUUUUUCUAGAAAUAAAAUCACCCCUGACUGGA